AUGAAUGCCCUCCUGAUCCUGGCCUUUGUGGGAGCCGCUGUUGCUCUCCCCAUUGAUGACGAUGACAAGAUUGUCGGGGGCUACACCUGUCAGCAGAAUUCCGUGCCCUACCAGGUGUCUCUGAACUCAGGCUACCACUUCUGUGGAGGCUCCCUCAUCAACCAACAGUGGGUGGUGUCUGCCGCUCACUGCUACAAGUCAGCAGCCAACUCGGCCUUUUCAAGAAGAGGGUGUCGCAUCCAGGUGAGACUGGGAGAGCACAACAUCGAAGUCGUSGAGGGGAAUGAGCAGUUCAUCAACUCRGCCAAGGUCAUCCGCCACCCUAACUAUAGCAGCCGGACCCUGGACAAUGACAUCAUGCUGAUCAAGCUCGCCUCUCCUGCCACCAUCAACGCCCGGGUGGCCACCGUGUCUCUGCCCACCUCCUGUGCACCYGCGGGCACCCAGUGCCUCAUCUCUGGCUGGGGCAACACCCUGAGCUCUGGUGUCAACUACCCAGACCUGCUGCAAUGCCUGCAGGCCCCGCUGCUGAGCCAGGCUCAGUGUGAAGCUGCCUACCCUGGACAGAUCACCAAAAACAUGGUGUGCGCCGGCUUCCUGGAGGGAGGCAAGGAUUCUUGCCAGGGUGACUCCGGUGGCCCUGUGGUCUGCAAUGGUCARCUUCAGGGAAUUGUCUCCUGGGGCUAUGGCUGUGCCCUGAAGGAUAAUCCUGGAGUCUAUACCAAGGUGUGCAACUAUGUGGACUGGAUCCAGAAGACCAUCGCUGCCAAUUAA